AGUUAAAAGGCUCUGUCAAAUCAUAACUAGUCAAAACAAACCCACCACACCACAAUGAGGAAGAGACAGAGUUAGUACUAUUACUCUACUGCUACUACUACGUGUCUACAUUGGGAUUACAAUUUUUACUUUUUCACAUUCCCUUGCUAUAAACAGUGAAAAGACAUGAAUGUUAGUGUAAUAGACAAUUCUUGUUUAAAAGGAAGAAAAAAUAGACACAUUUUGAGGUCAUCUUCUUCCAUCAAUCUAAGAGGACCCCAUAAAAUAAUAAUAGGUAUGGAUCCCAAGCAGCCACCGCAGGAUGUGCCUGGCUUUCUCGGCCUCCCACAAUCAAACACAAACAUGGGUGAGAACAAGCCAGCUGAAAUUAAAGACUUCCAGAUUGUGAUUGCAGACAAAGAAGAGGCUGCUAAGAAGCAGUUGGCCCCAAAGAGGACAUCUAACAAAGACAGGCACACAAAAGUUGAAGGCAGAGGAAGGAGGGUAAGGAUGCCAGCACUCUGUGCAGCUAGAAUUUUUCAAUUGACCAGAGAAUUGGGUCACAAAUCUGAUGGAGAGACCAUCCAGUGGCUGUUACAGCAGGCUGAGCCCUCAAUAAUAGCCACCACCGGGACCGGAACCAUACCGGCCUCAGCCUUAGCAGCAGCAGGAGUCUCUGUUUCACAUCAGGGGAGCUCCAUAUCAGCCGGAUUACAUCAAAAGAUUGACGAUUUGAGUGGUCAUAUUGGGGGCUCUGGAGGAGGAGGAGGAGGAAGUAGUAGGACCAGUUGGCCGAUGAUAGGUGGGAAUUUGGGAAGACCCCAUGUGACCACUGCGGGUCUAUGGCCCUCUGCUGCUGUCGCUGGUUUUGGGUUUCAGUCUUCACCAUCAUCAUCUGGUCCAUCAACAGCCAAUUUGGGCAGUGAAAGUUCCAAUUAUCUGCAAAAAAUUGGUUUCCCAGGGUUUGACCUGCCCGUGCCCAAUCUAGGUCCUAUGAGUUUUACCUCAAUUUUGGGUGGUAGUAGCCAGCAGCUACCUGGGUUGGAGCUUGGGCUCUCACAGGAUGGUCACAUUGGGGUUCUAAACCCCCAAGCCUUGAGCCAAAUUUACCAGCAGAUGGGACAGGCUAGAAUGCAACAGCAACAGCAACAGCAGCAUCAGAAUCAACAUCAGCAGCAACCUUCCUCCAAGGAUGACUCUCAAGGCUCAGGACAGUAGAUUCCGAGAAAAAAUAUAUAUAUUUUAGUUUCAAUUUGGGAGGAAAGAUUGAAAAAAAAUAGCAUGUUAAGAAGCUGGGUUUUUUGGUUAAUGGUUUCUGUAUUAUAUAAUUGCAGAAGGAAAGAGGGAACUAAGAAUUCAAUAGGGACUGGAUUUGGCUUACCCCUUCCUUUUUGUCUCCACUACUUCUUCCAAGUUUCUAAUUACAGGUGGAACUGUGCAUGGCCAAAUAGCUUGGGGUUGGGCUUAAAUUAUUGUUUAUAUUUCAGAGGUGGGUUGAUUAUAGUGUAAGGCACCCUUUAUUUUGUUCUCCUUAGGUAUGGUAGAGUGCUGAUGAGUUUGUUUGUGAAAAUAGAUAUAAAAUUUCUUACUCAUACUAGUGCAAUGUUCUUCUGAAUGUAGGCAACUUCAAAUAGUUGGAAUAAGGCUUUGUUGAGUUAAGCUGAAUAAGAGUUUUUGGUUAUGUAACAUAUUCUUAUGUUUUGCACAAAAGAGGCAGUUGUUAUUCA